AUGACUCAAGAAUUUUGCUGCAAUAUCUCCUACACUGCCGCCGCCAACGAAGGCGCGAAGCCAGAAGAACGCCUCACCCACGCCGAACUAUGGCAGGGUGUCAAGCGAGGUGGCCGACAUCCUGACGAGUUCGCCACCUUUGUCCGGAGCUGUGAGGUCCUCUCGGGCGGCCGUAACGAGUUUGUACGAGAGCUGGUCAUUGGCGACGGCGCCGUGCACACUGGCGAUGGCGAAAAGAUCGUCCAAGACGUGUUCAUCCAGGAUGAUCUAUAUGCAUGUCUAGUGGCUGCCACGACACAAGAUACUGGAGCGAAGAGCACAAUAAUUGUAUCAUACGGUGGGAAAACGGAGACGGCCCAGGAAGAGGACGAGCCCUACCUCACCCUAUUUUACGAGCUCAGAAUGGGAGAAAAAUCACCAGCGCCGGGGAGCAAGGAGGCCGAAGAUAUUAGGACAAACUAUCGUGCGCUGGCGAAGAAUAUGUGCAACGAUUCGAUUCGCCUUAUCAGAGGCUGGAAGCUAGAGGGAAAACUGGCUCAAUGGGCCGAAGACGACAAGAACGGGGUAUUGAAUCGACAGCCAGAUCUCAGCGCCCCCAGCUUGCUCCGACAAGUCAGAGCGCGAGAUGGGCGGCAAUGGAGGCCUGUUUCGUCUGCCGAAGAGCGGUUGCGCGAGGCGAUUCGAAAGGACGAAAUGCGAAGGGAUGUCUGCGAUUCGCUUUACGAGACGCUCACGCGGACCGAUAUUCUGCGAAAGGCCAUCCGCGAAGACGAAAUGUUCAAGCAUUUCAUUGUGAAUAUCGAUACUAGCAGGGAAGCCUGGAAGUCGAAAAAACGGUUCUUGGCCGGCGGCGCGCCCGAACGUGAGACAGCUGAUGGUUGGCCGAACGUCCGUGUUUUGCUGAGGGAAAUUUCCGAAAAUCGGGAAGAGCGUGGAGCAGACAUCCUCGAGGUUGGAGAUGCAGGGAAGCAGGGCAAGGAAGGCACGAAAAUCGCUGACGACAUUGGUGAAGGAACAAAAGACCAAGUUUUACCGGAAUCUGCAGAGAAAGCGACAGUCUCGCCAACGGCCAUCUCUAGCCCCGGGGGAGCUGCUGGCGACCAUGCGACGACCGAAGACGAGGACAUUCCUCGAUAUAGAAUUGAGAGGGACGUAAAAGCCCGAGUUCUCCGGUUCACCAGAAUCAGGGACGGCGGGCAGCAGCGCUUUUCCGGCGUGCCAAAUUCUCCCGAGGACAAGCCUUUCAAGGGCGUAUUCCCUGAUCAGCAAAUCGCCUUUUGUUACUGUGUCGGGGCCGAUGGCAAGUUCUCCAGGAAGAAGCAUUCCGAAAAGUGUGAAUCAAAAUAUGAGACUCUAACGCAUUAUCACAUUCCAUGUAACAACAUGUCGUGGGUGGAGGAUGUUCUAGCCACCUAUUACCGCUUACCUCAGCGAUAUCCCAACCUGAAAGGGCGAGCGCUUCGGGAAGCCGUUAGGCGCGACGUCAUGGACCUGCCGGUGAUGCAGCACUCGCGCUGGCUUGGUCAAGUUCACGGCUCCAAUGACACUACAGUCCACACGCGCCACUUGAGGCCCUUCUGUGACCGAUUCCCGACCUGGACCGGCGAUGUUUCCGAAUUCCAUGACAAGGAGAAGUGGGUAACCGUCGAGGACUCCGCUCUCUCUAAUACUGUCCUUUUUAUGCCGUAUCUCCACUGGGAAACCGACCGUGCUCGUGUCAAGGUAGGCGACAUGAUCGAGAGAUACACAACGCGCCAUAACGACAAAGAGAUUGGGAAGUUCAAGGAUUACGUCCAUGAAAUCCGAAAAAUGCAAAAGAGGAAAUGGGGCGAACUUCGGGACCCCGUCGAUGUCGCGGCUCGAAGCAGGCCAGCAUCCAAAGAGCAACUGACCCCCGAGGAGCAGGAGAGGGAAGAGAGAGAAAAGUCCAGAUACUACGCCAACGCCAUCACGAAGAACCUCGAGGACGUCCUUUGGCAGGAAGUUAGGACAGCCCACUGGAAAAAGAACGAAAAGCAGCAAGAGGCGAGCAAGGUCUUUACUGGCAUACGGAUUGAUGAGUGGCGUCGUUUCAUCCCACGCGGGCCCAAGAAAGCGCUGGCACAAUAUCUUCUUGAUGCGGCUAGGCUCUUCGAGACCAUGUCGCACUACCCGGAGUUCAAGCUAUUCGACAAGUAUCUCUUUGCUAACCCACCCGUUCAUCCCCGUCGUUCGCUUGACCAGUCGUACCUGUGGCGACUGAACUCGACACGUCGGAGGGACAGGGACCAAGUCGUCUACCGACACACGAAACCGCGUAUACCGCACAAGUUCCAGCCCAUGCCGAGUAACCCAGGCGGCCUCCCUUCCCGCCUGCUCGAGCCGAUGGGCAACGACUGCAUUGGGAACUUGAAAGAACCACAUCCGCUCGCCUGGAUCGACCACGGCGAGGCCGAGAAGGACGGAUGCUACGAGUGCUGGGAGGAUAGUCUCGCGGUUGCAAGGUCCAUCAUGGUUGAUCAGCUGUGGAUGUGGGUCCUGGACGAUGAUACGAUCCUGACAUGCUUCCCGCAACGCUAUGGUUCGGGCAAAGAGGACCCGUCGGAAGUCCAUAACGUCAUCGCUCGGAGGCUUACGCCUCCCGGAGAGACGUCUAUAUUUUCUGUUUGGGAUCUGGCUGUGAUUAUCCUGGACGCCUGUUUCGAUUCCUUUUUCGAUCGUACCAUCACGACUGAUCGACGACCGCAAGUACUGGACAUCUUUAGCGAAUCCAUUGGCAACAUUGCAAUUGCUCUCCGCCAUCUCUGGCAGCUCUCCGACGGCCUUUCCAACAAACUCAACUCUGGCCUCUUCCGGACAGAGCAAAACGUUGACAAGCUAAUUCUGCCUCUGCUUGAUGUGACAAAAGAGGGCCAUCUCCAGCAAGAGAUCCGCGACAUUAUCGACGAACUCGACAUGAUGAUCCACGUCAUCAGGGAGCAAAGAGAAGUGAUCGAAACCUUCAUCGAUCAAACGAGUGACAUAUUCCAAGACGAAGGUUUCGAUAACGGUUCCUGGAGAGGGGCCGAUACCGACGGCGGACGGGAGAGCGAUGAUAAUAGCGUCAAUGGCCCCAACUAUGCCCAGCUUUCCUUCCAGGACAAAGUCGAGAAGCUCACUCGGAAGGUCGACCGUAGGAUGGAUGAGCUGCAGAGUCUCAGGCAGAGCGCCGAGGGUGUGGCGCAGAACGUCAAGGACCUGUUGGACUUGAAGCAGCAGCAGGCCAGCGUUGUCCAGGCGUAUCAGGCCAUAGUGCAGGGAGAUGAGACUGUGAAGCAGGGGCAAGCCAUCAUGCUGUUUACAGUCAUGACAAUCAUCUUCCUUCCUCUUUCGUUCAUGUCGAGCUUGUUCGGGAUGAAUGCCUUGGAAUUCGAGUUCGAUACCGAUCCUAGUGAUUCUAGCGCUCUCGACUUCAGAAACGCUAUGCGGAAGCGAGGAUUAGAUCGUAUCCAAGACUUUUAUCCAACUACCAUCCGGAGACAGCUCUGGAUUAUUUUCACAACAUCCAUUUGCAUCCUGCCAUUCAUCUUCUUUCCGGGCUUCAGCCGGCGAUUUAGGACGCUCGUCUGGAUCGCAAUACGAUACGCCAGGGAAAAGAUACGAGCUACGUGGCGAUUCUACACCCCCGAUCUCAACUUUCCGACUAUCGACGACAUCGUGGAGAGGGUAGAAGGGGAAAUCUGGGAGAUGCAGGUCCAGGCGCAGCGGGCUAGGAGCCAGAAGCUGUGGGAUGCAGCGAUGGCGCGAGAUGCCAAUCGUCGUCCGCCGAAUCCUGGAGGCUAUAGGGCCCCUCGUGAGUCGACCUGGACUACUCAAACUUCUGGGGCGGGGAAAGACUCUCUUCUGGCGUCUAAGGUUACUCGUGGGGCAACCUUUGACCGCUCGCCUCCAAAAGGAACACCAGGCGACCUCGAGAAAGGGCCUCGAGAAAGCAGGACUAUUUAA